AUGGCGCCAUCGCUCCUCCUCUGCCAGAGCGCCCGGCACGCACCUCGGGCAGUAACCCCCGAGCCUAUCGAGUCCGCGUUUAACGGCCUGGACGGGGCUGGAAGCGAUGCGUCGCAGGUGCCCCGCGGUUUUGGUUCUGUGUCGCCGCAGACCUCUCCUAGGACCAUCCCCACUGCUGGCGCCGGCCUGCCGGCCAGGCGUCAGGGUGUCGUGUUCCAUGACGCCUUCCCCGGUUCCUUCGACAGCGCUUCCACGAGCCCCCCUCUCCGGUCGAACUCCUUCAGACCGAGAACCCACACCAUGGAUGGUGCGUUCCGCCAGCAGCUCGCCCCGACUCCGGAGACGCGUAACAGGAUGGGUUCGUUCUCGUCAGCGGCCUCCUUCUCCGUCACCGACGACAUGAAACUGUCAUCUUUUCAGUCACCCUUCGAGUCGUAUAAACACGCCGACCUGCAGCCGCCCCUUGCCAUGCCGUCGUCCAAGGACAAGAAAUCGUCUGGCCCAAGGAGUCGUUUGACCAAGCGGCCGUCGUCACGACCGAGUUCCCCUCUCUCGUCCCUCCCGCCCUCCGUUGACUCGCUCCCUCUUCCAAUUCCGACGGCCGAUGCGAACAAGGUCCUCAUUCUGAUGAAAAACCUGUGCGGGAGGAUGCGCGGCGAGGUCGAAUACCAGAAGGAAGUUGGCGGGCCGUGGGUCGGCGGCAUGUGCUAUAUCGAAGAGGAGAGGGGCAGUCUGAUGUUUGACGCCGGCGACAGCGGCCCGUUCCACGCUACGCUCAUUCCUGACCUUAGAGGUUGCCGGGUGGUUCCCGUGGAGCACCCGGACGGGGGUAUCCCAUGCCUUGAAGUUGCCAGUGUUCAGCUUGGCGUGGCGCACUUCCUGCGGCCACUAGUGGCUGAUGAGCUCGACCUCUGGCUUGCCGCGCUGCUUUGUUGGCAGCAGUUGCGACCGUCCGGCACAAAACCACAACCCGGGCGCCCUAGCAAUGCUGCCGUCGGCGCACCCGCAAGGAUGGAGAUGAAGCGCCGCGCCUCGUCCUCGGCUCUUCGGGAAACGGCCAUAAUCAAAGUGGGCAAGGUCUUGCUUUGGGACAAGGGGGCUGCCAUCUCCCCGCGCGCCAUUGUCAGGCGGCCGUCGACCCGUGACCUGCGGUCUUCCCAAACAUGCUGGAGGCGAGUGUCUUGCAUUCUGCACGACAAUGGCGAGCUGAAAAUCAUGACGGAGAACGACGUGACGGUUCUCUCUGUGAUUGAGCUCUCGCAGCUCGCGAGAUCCGCCAUCCAACAGCUCGACAAGUCUGUCUUGGACGAAGAUUACUGCCUAGCCAUUUUCCCCAGCUACUCGUCCACAUCGACACAGCUCUCCAUCUUCAGGCCGGUGUAUAUAGCCCUAGAGACAAGAGUGCUCCUCGAGGUCUGGGCAGUUAAUACGACAGAAGUGCUGUGCGGUUCUGUCGAAAUACCUCUGCAUCAACUCGACUACGGGAAGGAUCAUGAGCAAUGGCUCCAGAUUCACGACGACGGCCAACAGUCCAUCGGCUCCAUGCUUAUCAAGGUCCACCACGAGGAGUUCGUGGUUCUUCUCCAACGGAACUAUCAGCCCAUCUCGGAGCUCUUGCACCGCUUUAGCUCCGGGCUGAUAGCUCAGAUCACCGAGGCGCUGCCUGGAAGUCUACGCCGGCUUGCCGAGAUCUUUGUCAACAUCUUUCAGGUUUCAGGGAGUGCCAACGAAUGGCUCAUGAACAUGGUCGAGGAAGAGAUCGACGGGAUCGGAAACCAGACACCCAAAAAGAAGGGCAGAUUCAGCGGCCGUCUCAAGUCAAACGACUCGAUCGAAUCUGCCGUCGACAGAGAACAGGUCGUGCGCGACCUGGGCAAGUCGCUCCAGGGCGAGGCCAAUCUGCUGUUCAGGGGCAACUCACUGCUGACACAAGCUCUGGAAUUUUACAUGCGCCGUUUGGGCAAGGAAUAUUUGAUCGACACGCUCGCGGAUAGAAUCCAAGAGAUCAACGAGAGCGACUACUGUUGCGAAGUGGACCCGAGCAAAGUACAUCACGGCGAGGACAUUCAACAGCACUGGAGCCACCUUGUUCAGUUCACCACGGAUAUCUGGGACUGCAUUGUGUCGUCCACCGCCCGUCUACCUCCUGAACUGAGGCAUAUCUUGAAGUACAUCCGAGCAGUCGCCGAGGACCGCUACGGCGACUUCCUUCGCACCGUCACCUACACAUCUGUCUCAGGGUUCCUUUUUCUCCGCUUCCUCUGUCCCGCAAUCUUAAACCCGAAACUGUUUGGCCUACUGCGCGACCACCCCCGGCCGCGCGCCCAACGUACCUUGACACUCAUCGCCAAGUCCUUGCAAGCGCUCGCCAACCUGUCAACCAUCGGCAAGAAGGAGACCUGGAUGGAGCCCAUGAACCGCUUCUUGACUGCGCAAAGGCAAUCUUUCAAGGACUUUCUCGACGAAGUAUGCGCCAUCCCGGUAGAGCGCACCAAGGCCCCGCUGCCGCCGUCCUACUCCACGCCUAUUACCAUCCUGGGCCGCCUCUCGCCAUUGGCGCGCGAAGGGUUCCCUUCCCUCCCUUACCUCGUCGACCAGGGCCGCUACUUCGCCGCCCUCGUCAAACUCUGGGCAGACGCCCACCGAGCCUCAGCCAGCGAGUCCCAACUCUACAGCGGCGACCUGCUCAACUUCCACAACCUCUGCAUCGGCCUCCACCAGCGCGCAGAGGAUUGCCUCACCCGCAUCGAGGCGCUUCGGGUCGCCGAUACGGCCAGCCAGCCGGCAGACGACCAGGCCACCCUCUCCGACGUGAUGGAUCGCAUCAGCAUCGGCGACAUGCUGACCCUAUCCGCCUACGGCGGCGGCGGCACGGCUGCGUGGGCCGAGAACGAGGAUCGCGCGCCGGGCUCGUCGGGCAGCGAGAUGGACGCGCCUCCGUUCGGGACGAUCAGCAUCAGCCGGGACGCGCGGCACGGCAGCUUCAGCCGCGAGCUGAGCGCCACCGGUUCGCUGCGCCAACUUCCGCGGAACAACAACAACAGCGAGGCGCCGGCCGCUCAGGGCGGCAACGGGGGCAACGGCGGCGGGACGGUGCGCAGCCUGCGCAGCGGUAUCCACCCGCGGAAGCUCCUCAGCGGCUUCAUCCGCAAGACGCGGACUACGUCGCCCGAGACUCUCUCGGCGCCGGGACAACAACAUGCCACGGCGUCGGCCUCUGUUGUUGUCCCGAAUAGGGAGGGGGAACGUGACCGAGAGGGGGACCAGGAACACGCGAAAGAGAGCAAGGGUUGGGAGAGGAUAAGGGAGAGGGAGCGGGAGAAGGAAAGGGAAAGAGAAAGGCAAAAGGAGAGGGAUAGGGAUAGGGAGAGGGAGCAUGAGAAGGGUCCCGUGGGGCUGCCGGAACCAAGGCAGGUCGAGACGGUGGCGCGAGCCCAUACGCAGGGUUCAAGUUAA